AUGCAGCACAGCAUCGACACACAAGUACGGAUCACCUGGGCUCUGCUGGCCAAGCCGAUCUAUUAUCAACCAAUCCUGAUCUCAGUGGUGAUGCGUUUCCUGCAGCAGAUGACGGGCAUCACGCCAAUUCUAGUCUACCUGGAGCCCAUUUUUGCCCAGAGUAACGUCUCUCUGGAGCCAAGGUUUGACGCUGCCAUUGUAGGUGCAGUCCGGCUGCUGUCUGUUGUUGUAGCAGCCAGUUUGAUGGACAAGGCGGGACGCAAAGCUUUGCUGUACACUUCGAGCUACGCUAUGGGAUGGGGACCAAUCACAUGGCUGCUGAUGUCAGAGGUGCUGCCACUGGUUACUAGGGGCGUGGCUUCAGGACUGUGCGUCACCGUCAGCUGGUUAACGGCCUUUGGUCUCACUCACGCCUUCACUCACCUGGUGGACAGCUAUGGCCUGUUUGUCCCGUACCUGAUCUUCACCGUGGUGUGUGUCUUCUGCUUACUGUUCAACGCCGUGUGCAUCCCAGAGACUCGCAACCGCUCGCUGGAGGAAAUAGAGAACUACUUUAGGACUGGACGCACGUUCACCAUCAGAGACAGUCAUCCCAGCGUACUGUCGAGCUGAACCUCUGAAUAAGACCGUAAAGAAGUGAUUUACGUGUCUUAGCUUGAAAAUAAGAAGUGUAUUUUUGAGGACUGUUUAAACAUUACAGGUAUUAAGUUAAAUGUUGCACUUUCUUAGAAAAUAACUCAUGUCAGGCUGAGCUCAGCAGACUAAAACCAGUUCUACCAAGACCCAGAUCCAGGUCACGGUAUGGGGUUUUCCAUGGAGGUUAGAGAGUUUACAAGUAACUGACUUCUACUCAAAGUCCUUUCUAAACAAAGUAAAAUAUUUGCAAA